AGGAGCGAGGGUACUCUCGCGAGAGGUUGGGCCUGCCGGGGCGAGACUCGGCGCGAGAGCCAAUCAGAGACCGGGGGGGAAGGAGAAGCGUUUGUUUCCCGCUUGCAGGCCGGUCUCUCUCCUUUCAUUCUCUGCCGCCUCUAUGGUCAGCCGUCCUAGAGGAAAGGGUGGCGAGUCCGACCUAUAUAUUCCGGAUUCCCUUCGAAGGGUUUUAUUCUGACAACAACCCGGCGAGGUCGGUCGGUAAAAAUUUACUGGCCUGAGAUCAUCCACCAGCUAAUAUUUAUUGCCACUAAACACAGAGGGGGUCAGGUUCACUCGAGGGCGUGAGCUCAGGCCGGCUGGGGAUGAUGGGAAUUGUCAUUCUGCACCUCCGGGAGGCGGCUGUUUGGAGGAAACCGACCGAGUGGGAGAAGAUCCUGUUUUAAGGAGCUUUUUUGGGGGGUUCACUUGGAAUCUCAGUUUUACUUUGGUGCAGCAGCAUGCAGAAUGGCACUGUGUGCAGAAUUGAAAAUGUUUUCAACCAGAAUGUAGAUUUUGGAUCCACCGACCCCAAGAUCUACGCAGACAUCACAUAUCAGCGAGUGAGUUGCAUCCUUUUUUCGGAGAGGGAAAAGGUUACCGUGAUUGCAGAGCUACCAUUAGCAAAUUCUGUCCAGGUCUUGAAAAACAGGACGGAUUUCGUGGUUCGUGGGGAACUUUCUUACAAUAAGAACCUUUACGUGGGUCUGAAUUCAGAAAACCACAAAGCACAGAUCAGAGUCACCCUUCUGAAGGAACACGUAUUUGAUUACACCCCUGUCGUCAUUGGAAGCUCUGUUGGUGGCUUUGCCCUCCUGAUUCUCAUGAUCUUCUUCCUCUAUAAAUGUGGCUUUUUCAAAAGGAAUUACCAACACAUGAGGGAACAAGACGACUCGCUGAAAGUAGACCAAGAUGCGGGAUGGAAUGACAGACAAUCGGAUGAAUCUGAGAAUCUAAACGGAAAUUAAACCCUGUUUUCUCAGUUGGAGAUCAGUAAGCAGAGAUUCUACCAGGGAGCUUCAGCAAAGCGAUUAUCCAGGCUGUUGGCCAUGCGAAGCUCUCUUCUUGAAACAAUUUCUCCUCUCUUUAGCUAGAGAAACCAGCAAGUUCCUCCCAAGACUGAAAGCUAGGUGGUUUUAAACUGACUUUAAAUACCUAUUAUGAAUUGGCUCAUAGCAGGAAGAUGCAUUUCCAAAAAUACUACCGGCCUUUAAAAUUAUAUC